UCCCUUUUACCGUUAAACUGUAAUGCGCACUCAUCUUGAGCCCAGUGCGUUCGGGUGAAUCAGAGAAGCUCACGGUUAUGGCCCAGUCAGAUAAACAUGAGGCUGGCGAUUUGUUCGCUGGCUUCCGCACGGCUUUUAAAUCUUUCGCCACAGAUGCCAUACACAUCGGCCAGGAGCCGGAGCAGUGGUCAUCGAUGGCUGUGGUACCGCCGAUUUCCCUCUCUACCACCUUCAAACAGCACUCGCCGGGGAACCACGCUGGCUUUGAGUACAGUCGGAGUGGAAACCCUACCAGAAACUGUCUGGAAAAGGCUGUGGCAGCGCUGGAUGGAGCAAAAUACUGCCUUUCUUUUGCCUCAGGACUGGCAGCCACUACGACCAUUACCCACAUGCUGAAGAAAGGAGAUGGGAUCAUCUGCAUGGACGAUGUGUACGGAGGUACCAACCGAUACUUCCAAAGAGUCGCAACUGGAUUUGGGGUGGAAACAACUUUUGCUGACUGUACGAAGCUAGAGUUGCUGAAAGCUGCUCUGAAGCCCAACACCAAACUGGUGUGGCUCGAGACCCCAACCAACCCCAUGAUGAAGGUGAUAGACAUCAAGGCCUGCUCUGACUUGGUGCACGAGCACAGCAAAGACAUUGUAGUGGUUGUUGACAACACCUUCAUGUCUUCCUAUUUCCAGCGCCCCUUGGCUUUAGGAGCUGAUAUCUGUAUGUACUCAGCCACCAAAUACAUGAAUGGUCACAGUGACGUAGUGAUGGGUCUGGUGUCUUUAAACAACGAUGAUCUGCAUGAGCGACUGAGGUUUCUGCAAAACUCCAUCGGUGCCGUGCCGUCUCCCUUUGACUGCUAUCUGUGUAACCGAGGGCUGAAGACGCUACACCUGCGCAUGGAGCAGCACUUUAAAAACGCCAUGGCUGCUGCCAGGUUCCUGGAGGCAGACCCCAGGGUGGAGCGGGUUAUUUUCCCAGGCCUGUCCUCCCACCCACAGUACCAGCUGAUGAAGAAACAAUGCACCGGGUGUCCAGGGAUGAUAACCUUCUAUAUCAAAGGGAAACUCGAGCACGCCACCACCUUCCUUAGCAAUCUUAAAAUGUUUGCAGUCGCAGAGAGCCUUGGUGGUUAUGAAAGCUUAGCAGAACAUCCGGCGAUCAUGACCCAUGCAUCAGUGCCAGAGAACGAGAGGGCCGUUCUUGGGAUCAGUGACACACUGAUCCGUCUCUCAGUUGGACUGGAAGACACGGCUGACAUCAUCGAAGACCUUGACCAGGCACUGAACGCUGCUCACCCAAAGAAGAAUUGAAACAUCUGCCUGGCGUCCUCGAGCCUGAGGUUGUAGUGGUAACAAUGCUCGGAAGCACCUGAAAUCUAAAAAUCAGAUGACGAUCAACACGUGGUGCCUCGGUUCCACCUUUCAAGAGACAAAAUGUUCUGGAAACAGCACAAAUGAUGUCAACGAUGAAUAAUUAUCACAAUUUUUACACGAUUAUCACUUAAUGGCUAUACUAUCGCACUCACUUGUAAGCUUAUUUAUCUUAUGCCAGUUUUGCUUUGUGUAUUUAAUUGUCUGUUUUCUUUUUUUUUUUUUGAAAGCUUUAUGAGAGAAACAUCCCAUUUAGACAUUAUGAAAUGGUUUGAAGUAUCUUAACUCCAAAAACUGUGCAUUUACAAGUGGAAUCUGUAUUAAAGUGGGUUUUAUAAUGCCAA